GGACAGAAAGAGGUUAUGUGUGAUAGUGGCGGUGGCACGGUGGCGCUAUCUGGCGACGCUAGCGCUCUGCACCGUUGUGGCGAGCGGCCCAACUACCAGAUCUCAGUUAUGAUUAGUGAGUGUGCACGGAAACAUCGUGUCGCCAUGGUGCAGUCUUCGCCAGUGUUGGCUGGCGAGGAGGAGGAAUGGGGCAGUGAGGGUGAGGUGGACCGUGCCAGCAGUGAAGGAGUGAAGCAGGCCAGCACUCCUAGUGAGCCAGACCCGCCCCCCGCCACGCCGCCUCAACCUCCAGCAUCACCAGUCCCCAAGCUACGGCUCAACACCAGUCUAGCUACAGAUCCUGCUCUCCGAGUUCCACCUCUCAAGCCUGAGCCUCCUGCCAGCCCUGCAGACUUGGAGUAUCUGGCAUCCUUGCCUUCUGCCCUCCAAACUGCGAUUGUAGCAGGUCGGCUGUUCUGCGUUCCACCUCCUGCCGAGUCCCCCGCCCCUGCUCCGCGCAAGCCCGACUCUGCAGAAAACAGGCAAGGGAGCAGUGCCGUAUUCAUCUGUACUCCUUGUGGCAUCAGGUUCAGUUCUCACAGCACCCUGGACGCCCACCAAACCUAUUACUGCUCGCAUCGUCAUGUCCCCACACCUAAAGCCACGACCAGCAGUGGAGGGGGAGGUGGAGGUGAGAGUGAGCCAGAAGACUUGAAGCCAGUGGUGGAGGGGAGGGAGGAUGCCAGUGGAGGGGAGAGCAGCACAGGAGAACCUGCACCUAAGAGUAUGAGGUCUGGCAAGCAGUACCGUUGUCCUCACUGUUCUUAUAGCGCAGACAAGAAGGUUAGCUUGAAUCGUCACAUGCGCAUGCAUUCAUCCUCGCCCGCUUCUCAGACAGGUUCAGUCGCGACUGAGGGCGAGACAAAUCUUGUGGAUAGAUACUGUCAAGACUGUGAUAUUCGUUUCUCUUCCACCAAAACCUUCAAGGCACAUAAGUUACACUACUGCAGCACUCGGCAUGUGAUGAAAUCCAAACCGGUUUCAGCUCCCAGCUCACCCUCCGAGUCUCGAACUACUCCCACGUCUCCGGGAGCCUCAGAUACCUCCAACCACCCCUCCCGAGAGCCUCCCACCCAACCUUUCCUCGCCUUGCCAACAAAUCCCAUCCUCAUCGUUCCCUACUCUCUGUUUCAAGGAGCUUCCAUACUGUCCGGACCUGCGGUGAUGGGUCUCCCUGCUCAGGACACUGCUUGUCUACUGCUCCCUGACGGAACCCUUCAGCCACUGGCUCAGGGACUUCUAUCACAUUCCAGGCUCCCUCCACAAAUCCCCAAUGAAAUAAGCAAGAGGCAGAGGGUUACAUCAGAGACGAUAGUCAAACAACCUGAAGAUAAUCGGACUAAAAAUGGCAUGAGUGAAACACCUGGUGCUCCUUUAGAUUUGAGUGUUCGAACACGAGAAGAAGAAGGUGAUCUAGUGAUCGAUAUGGAAGAGGAGGAUGAGAAAGAAAACAGACAAAGUGUGGACAAUCAGGCAAACAUCUUCCCGUCACCGGAUCCAGAGGACAUUAUCUGUGCUCCCUCUAUACCUCUAAUGCUGUCCACAUCGUCCACAUGUUCGUCGCCAUCCCCAGCUCCCCCCUCACCCACGUUGUCUUCCUCUUCGUAUUCUGCAAAUACCAGAAAACCUCAAGAAAUUAAACGACACCGGACAGAUUCUCAGAGCAGCAGUCCUAGUCCAAAGUCUUCUCCCUCUGGAGCCAAAUCACCACGUAGGACACCAAAUGGUUUACCAAAUAUGAGUGAGAAAGUUCACAAACACGGUGAUUCAAAAAGGAAAUUAUCAGCUGAGUCAGUAUCCCCUCCAAAACUGGAUAAUGGUAACAACAACCUCACUCUGUCUAGUUUGCUUUUAGCUGCUGCUGCUCAGAGUCAAAUGGAAAGUUACCCUGGAAAAUCUGAAGCAUCAGGUUUGCCUUUCCCUCCAGAUCUCGUGUCACACCUCAGUGGAUCAAGACUUCCAGGAGGAAAAGGUAAACCGAUCCCGGCCAUUCCAGGACUUAUCCCUGCUGCUGGUAGAAAUCUUCCUCUGUUACUUCCGAAACCACCACGAACACCGGCAGAUCUCAUUGCUCCUGCAACUAUCCUACCGCUGCUGACUUCUGAAAUGGCUCUCAGGAUUGCAGUGGCCGCAGGAGGAGAUUCUCCCGUCUCAGCUCCGCAAGUUCUCGUCAAGCAAGGUGUCUCCAAGUGUCAAGAGUGUAACAUAGUCUUCUGUAAGCAUGAAAAUUACAUCGCCCACAAAAAACAUUAUUGUUCAGCACGGCAGGUGAAUGAACCCAUGAUAGUGCCAGAUGACGACGUGAAGCCUGCAAGCCCGGCAAUGUCUUCCUCUCCUCCCAACACUGCCUCAUCUCCUACCAGCAAGGAUCAGUCUCAUAGUCCUGUAAACCCGAUACCCAACUCUGGAGCUUCGGUCUCCAAACCUACUCUGUACCAGUUUAUUUGUGCUGCUUGCGGCAUCAAAUUCACAUCCUACGACAACUUGACAGCCCACCAAGCUUACUAUUGUCCGAAGAGGACCAGCACUGACAGUGAGAAAGGAAGCAGAAGAUGCCAGAAGUGCAAGAUGACAGUGCCGAUGGACCAUGUGUGCGGUGGAAGUGCGGCAUGGAAGUGCCCAUGCUGUCACGUUGUCAGUCCCACGGCCAGUGCCGCGCAGAAGCACAUGGACACUCAUACUGGGGUCAAGGCAUUCCUUUGCACCAUAUGCCGCUACAAAGGGAACACCUUGCGAGGAAUGCGCACCCAUAUACGCAUGCACUUCGAGAAGAGAUCUACUGAAAUUAUGGAAGAGAACUACAUAACAUGUAUCCUUGAGGAUGGAAGUGGGGGAAGCAUCGAACUGCCAGCAGUUGAUAGUGAGGAAAGCCACAUCAGGAAGACUCCUGACACUAACAGCUCCCGAAAUGUCAACGGGGACUCUGUCAAAGUGAAAGAGGAGAUGGAGAGGAGGCCAGAAGAUGAGGAUGACGAGGAGUACAUUGAAGUUGACGAGGUCAAGACUGAAUCACAACACAACUCCCAAGACUGUUCCGACUCGAAAAGUGUGAUGAUGAGGAGAGGAGAAGGUGUGGUGACGAACUUGGCUCGCAGUGUCCAUGUCCAUAGAUGAUUACACAGCGGACGACAGUAACCACACAACUGACUCAACACUUAAUAUCGAUUAGUUAUCGCCCACUUUUGCACCAGUACGUAAGAUGAACGUAAACACAUGUCCCCAAUGGAAUUGAUGAACAUGCAAUCACAAAUUUUAUAUAAAAAUAUGAAGAUUUGUUAGUUGAUUACUUUGGUGUCAGUCAGUCUAGUUUUUUUCAUUAUCAGGAUCUCAGAUAUUAAUUUUUAUGAUCCAUUAUUAUUAUUGUAUGAAUAAGCAUUUACAAACCGUUAUCAUCUAUAUUAUAAAAUCGAUAUGUUAGAAAUCACAAUGAUUUGCAGUACUUCCAAGUAACAUGGUAAAAUUUUAAAAAAAUGUUUACAGCAAAUUCAAGAUCACUUGAAACAAUAUUUAGAAAUAUACCGGUAUUUGUAACAAAAUAUUUCAAUUUUAAAUUACUGUAUUGUUUAGUAUUUAGUAAUAUGUUUUUUAUAUUUUUUACAAGUUUUAAAUGUUUAUUGCAAAAUUACAUUUGAACUCCCUGACAAUGAGGCAGUUCAGUAUAUGCAUUGUGAAAAAUAUUGUUCAAAUCAAUGAUAGUGGAAUCAAGAUGGUCGCCAAUGUUGCCAUAGCUCUUAAAAAGUUGUACACCCAUCGACAGACAUAAUAACCACCAUUAUGUUUCCUUGAGCUGGCCUGAUAGGGGGUGUAUCCAGACUUGUGCCUCAUCCUAUAUAUUACAGAAUCAUUUUCAUCUAGACAAAUAUUAAUUGUACUGAUGGUGGAGAAGGAAUGUUGGUAUUUGUACGUCACAAUAACUUUUCUACAUUAUUACAGAUUAUUAUAGAGAAUAACAUAUAGGCUAUACCCCCUCAGUGUUUUACGACUUGAGGUGGCAACAAUUUAAUUUUUUUUUUUUUUGGACUACAAACGGUUUGAUAAACCUUGAGCCAGUCCCAUUAGUAACAAGGUAAAUUAGUUUCUAUCUUGAGGUAUAAUUAUCUGUAGUGUAUUUAUUAAAUCUGAAAAUUACAAUUGGUUUUCUUGACACAUGUUUAUAACACAUUGGGGACAGUGUUAUGUACUGAGAUUAUAUAUUUUAUGGAAGUUUGGUAUAAAAGUUAAUAAUGAAUAUUAACUUCUGUACUAUAGCAACUUCCUAAUAAAUAAAGAUUAACUCUUAAAGCGCGGCUGUAUCAUGACAAUUAUGCUAAACAUAACAUACAGAUAUAUCCGUUUUGUCUUACUUGUGUACAUCAUAAUUCAUGAAAGUGUCUGAAUGUAUAAGAAUGCAUAAAUGUAUUGAUUUAUUACCUUUGGAAUGCUAAUUGGAUUAUGUGUUGCAUGUAAUUAAACAAUUAACUGUGCCUAUUCUGUUGUCGUUUUGUCUGACAUGCAAAUAUAUUUGUACAGCAUACAAAUAUACAGUGCGUCUACAUGUACAACGUGGCCAUCAGUAUCGGAGUUAAAAAAAUUCUUUCUUUCAAGAAACAGAAAAUAAAUUUAACUUUGACAAAAACUGAAUUCUUUUUAAAACUUCUAAAUGUACACUAAUUGAUCACAGCGCUUUAAGGGUUAAAUGUUGAAACUAAUUAACUAGUGAUGAAACUUAGGGAUUUUAUAUUUAAGAUUCUUGAAAUUCUUAACCCCUUUUAAUGGUUUUGACGCAAAUUUGAUUGAUAAAAAGUGUGCUACUGAUAUAAUAUUAUGCAUUGUUAUAUUGUUCCUGUUUUAUUCUGUCUGUCAUAAUAUUACGCAAGAAGCAUUUCUGUGACAACUGUGCAUUGUGCAAGUAGUUCUGGUGAUUUUUACUAGAUGUCAGCACUUCCUUGGUACUCUGAUAAAUUUGCCAUAGUCGCACAGUACAGACAGCUUCUGCGUGUCUUGAAAAAGUAUAUAUCUAAACUCUACAAACCUGUUUCUGUAAAAACAACAUAAUUUAAAGGUUCAAAAAGACAACACUGUUAGGGGGUUAAGUAAAUUCUUAUAAUAACAUAAUGUAAAAGUCGGCGAUUGAGCCCAACAGGCGAAUACAUAUAAUUUAUUGUAAAUACAGAAUACUGUACCAAGAUUGGUAUGUAUAUACUGCUGUUCAUAUGUUUAGUUAUGGUAUCUAAUAUUUUGUGAAUGCUUACAAAGCAUAAUGAGGAAUGUAAUUCUCAAUAUUUUGUUUCUGUGAUCAUUUCAUGAAAAAUGUGCAAUUCUCAUUGUUUACUGUUUAAUAUUUAAGUUUUUAAUAUUGUCUCAUGUGUUCUAUAAAAAGCACAGAUUUUAUCGGUUAUAAUGUUUUAUUCCUAUAAAUAUUUAUUUAUACUGAUUAAUAAAUAAUGAAUCCAACAUUUAUUUUAAAUAAUUAGUUUUACUUAUUUUAUGUCAGUAAAGUAAAGAAAAGUAAGUACAAGUGUGAAAUCAGUAAUUGUUUGUAAAUUUACAAAAUCCAAGAUUAUUUUAUUGUAUUAGUAAUGUAAUAGAAUUACUAACCUGUACCAGUUAAUAAGGGCAUUAGAUAAGUGGCUUGCAAUGCCAUUUGCUGUUUUUUAUUGUAUGUAAAUUUAACUAAAAUGAACUGUAUGUCAUUAUUAAAUAAUGAAAUUGAAUUUCACUGGACAUUUUUUGUCCCUGAAUCGUGUAUAUAUUUUGUUUUACCAAACUAGUACAUAGGGUAUGUAUUAUAUAUGUGAAUAAUAUGUUAUUGUUGAUGUAUAGAUUAUUAUAAGCAUAAUUGAAUAUGUUGUAUACGCUAGUUAGAAUUUUGUAAUACAUUUACCUAUCUUGAUUUUAUUGUUCACGUUAUUGUUUUGACAGGGGUUUUAAGGGAUAAUGUAAAACGAGAAUUUAUUUUUUUUAAUAAUUAUUUAUACAUUCCAAUGAAAUAACAAUCAGUUUAUUAUUCAAUAAUAUUCAUUUUAUUGUUAUAAAUCUUUUAUAGAACAAUUGUAAAAAUUAUUUAUGGAAGAGCUAAAAGUAUAAGUUAAUAAUUUUUGUAUAUUUAUUAUAUUAUUCAUCAGGAUUGUUUUGAGUAUAAUUUAUAACAUUUGAAAUUACUCAAUAGAAUUACUGUCUAAAUAUUAUACUGAAAUGUGACAAUUUCCACAUCCCCACUUAGGUCAGUAGCCAUGCAUUGACGUAAAUUAUAGUGUAAAUUGUGUUGAUGUACGGUGUUGCUCAUGUUCCCAUUCCCUGUAAUAGUUUAGGCCAAUACAUGUACAGUCGGUUACUUAUCUCGUUAUAUUCAUGUAUUUGUGAAUAUUUCCAACCAUUUAACGUAUAAAUAUUGGGAUCCUCAAGACAAUAAAAUAUUUAUUUGUAAAA